AUGACAGGUCACUGGCUUCCUUCAGUCUUCCCAGGAUGGUUUUUUGUCACAGAACUUACAAUUGUGAACCUCUCAGGGACGAAGCUAAAGAAUGGUUUAAAGAAGACAUGGUCGGAACUGAAAAAGGUCUUUCUUUACAAGUUUUUCCCUCCUAUGAGAACUUCCAAGUUUAGAAAUGAGAUAUCUGGUUUUCAACAGCAUGAAUUGGAGUCUCCAUAUGAAGCAUGGCAGAGAUACAAGGCUUUGCAAAGGCAGUGUCCACACCAUGGCAUUCCUGAGUGGCUAUUGAUUCAGACAUUUUACAAUGGUCUGAAGCACGAAGUUCGAAUUUCUAUUAUUGAUGCCGCAUCUGGCGGUACUUUCAUGGCCAAAACUCCCAAAGCUGCAAAGACAUUGUUGGAUGAUAUGGCUGCCAACAACUACUUGAAUGACUGGAGUGUGUCUCGUGGAGCCCCUAAAAAGGGAGCUAAAGUUGAUCAGUUGAGUAGCGGACCAGUAGCACCUGUUUGUGAAAUUUGUGAAGUGCAAGGUCACUCAUUUAAUGAGUGUCAAUACAAUACCAUGGGAGCGGUGACUGAGCAAGCUAAUGCCCUCCUAAGCACAAACACAAGACCACAAAACAACCCAAACUCAAACACAUAUAACCCAGUUUGGAAGAAUCAUCCAAACUUCUCUUACAAAAAUAACCAACCUCAACCUCCACCCACAAACUACUCCCAACUACCUGGUUUCCAACAAAGGCCACCAUUCAACUCCUCCUCCUCAUCCUCAACAUCCAACCUUGAAACCAUCAUAGAGAAUUUAGCUUCUUCUCAAGCAAAGCAAAUUGAAUAUCAUGCGAAGCAGAAUGACUUCUUCAGCAACUCCCUUCAACAAAUUCAUGCUCAUAAUAUAAUGAUGGAAAAUCAGAUGACCCAACUUGUUCAACAAAUCAGUCACCUUUCAAAACCUUCAGGCCAACUUCCAGGACAAACCUAA